CCAAAACAUGCUGAUUACAUACAAAGGGUAUAGAGAGACGCAGAUAACCAAGGGUAUUGUGUGUACACCUGCUAUAUGGCGAGAAAUCUAAUCAUAACAUCAUAAGGAUUUCCAAGAGUGCAGCAGUUGUGGACGUGACGUGAACAGGGCACCCAUCAUGAAGUGGAUUCCCAGAGCUGUAAUCUGCGUCUUUGUGUUGGCUGUGAUUACAUUUUGCAUGUUAUUUAGGUUUGUAAGCGACAAAAUGUUUGUUGCACCAUCAAACACUAUGACAAAGGAACAGCUUUUGGUCGAAUAUCGUAGAAACCUUGCAGCAAUUCCACGACAUAAAUUUAAAGCGGCCAGAAAUUUCAAGGAAAUAGGACCACCUAUAUCUUCCGUUAUAAGAGAAAAUGCCGUUGCACACGACUUUACACGGCAAGUCAAGACAAUUCUUGCAUGGACCGAGUUUUUUGGCACUAAAGACUGGAUACCUAAGACGAUAUGUUCUGGCGAUAAAAUUUGCGUGAGCACAACAGAUAAAAAUGCCUUGGCCAUCAGCGAUGGUAUUGUCAUCCAUCCGAGAGACUUGGUGCAGAAAAGUGAUCUGCCCACCAACAGAUUGCCUCAUCAGCGACUGAUAUAUCUGAUUCAGGAAUCCCCCUGGGUGACAGGAAUUAACGUUGGCGAUUACGAUGGCGUAUUUAACUGGACGUCCACAUACAGGCGGGAUUCUGACUUCCCGUAUACAUUCUUUUGGACGGGGCGACGUCAGAAAACCAUGGCUGAAGACGAAUAUACACAAUUAUUGUCCAAUAUCCUUUCCUCCAAAAGGAAAUUCAUUGCAUACAUGAACAGCAAUUGUAAUGCAGCUCAUACAAAACGACUGGACUUUAUUCAUGAGCUAAGCCAGCAUAUUAAUGUGGAUGUUUACGGAAAAUGUGGUAAUUUGUCUUGCCCUCGGGGCACAGAAGUUUGCACGAAUACCAUGUCUCAGUAUAAGUUUUAUUUAGCCCUGGAAAACACGCAUUGCAGAGAUUACAUAACGGAGAAAGUUCACCAACCCUUAAUUGAAUGGCAUGCCGUCCCAGUGGUCAUGGGGGGUGCGGAUCCUUCGGACUAUGAAACCAUCCUGCCGCCACACUCUUACAUACACACAUCUGGCUUCAACUCUACACGUGACCUUGUGGAUUACCUGCUUCUGCUGGACAGGAAUCCGAAGCUCUAUCAACAGUACCACGCAUGGCGCCGGACACAUCAGCGCAUACACAAUGACCCUUGGUGUGAUAUCUGCCAAGGGCUACACGACACAUCUCUACCUGUGCAAACAUACACGGACUUCAAGGGAUGGUACAGAGAAGAUGUGUGUCUACCGUAGCUUAGAUUCAAAACACAGUAAGAUCUACGAAUCAGAAAGAAACCUAUAAAUGAUUUUAAUGCACCUUAUCCGAAUAGUUUCAUUUCACUUUUACAUUUGCACAUUGAAGGGAAGGCUGUGAAAGGUUAAGGUUACUAUGUUAGUACGGAAAGCCACACGUAUGAUGACCAUGACAGGAUGGCCGUCACACAUGAUGACGGCUACAGGAUAGCCAUCACAUGAUGGCCAUGACAGGAUGGCUGUCAUAUGAUGAGCGUGAGAGGACGGCCGUCAUAUGAUUACCGUGACAGAAUGGCCGUCUCAUGAUAACCAAAAUAGGAUGGCCGUCACAUGUUGUGCGUGAAAGGAUGGCCGUCAUAUGUUGUGCGUGAAAGGAUGGGCGUCAUAUGAUGUGCGUGAAAGGAUGGCCUGAUGUGCAUGAAAGGAUGGCCGUCAUAUGAUGUGCGUGAAAGGAUGGCCGUCAUAUGUUGUGCGUGAAAGGAUGGCCGCCAUAUGAUGACCGUUACAAGAUGGCUGUCACUAGUAUAAUAUUCGGUAUGGAAAGUGAUUGUAUGGGCUAAUAUUCGCAGACAGUAUUAAAUACUUGAUGCACAAGGGUGUUGUAUCCAUAGCAUUUAAGACAGGGCUAUUGUUAACAGUGAUGUGUACUCCAUUCCCCGGCCGUUUUCAUCUCACACAAAUGUUUGACGCAACUUAUGUACAUACAGCUGUCUAUGUGCCCGAUCUUUGGGUAUGGUGAGUGGUAAGUGUUAAGUCGAUUCGCAUCUUUUCGGUCAUAGGUAACGUUGAUUUCACUCAAGUUUAAAUUUGCAUUAUUGGGCUACCAUGAUUUGUUUUCCUGUUCAGGAUAAUAUUUCAACCAAAGGCUUCAUUAAGGAUUUCACGAAAUCAUAAUAUUUAAUAAAUAUAAAUCAAGUGUUGAAGGUUUAUACAAAUGCAUAAAAGUACAUUUAAAUUUACUCAAUACAUCUUACCGCAUCGAACGUGUAUAAUAGUAGCUUCUCACACACAGAUGAACCUAUGGUUCCCAAUGUGCCUUGGUGUAUGCUGUGGCGCUCGUUUGAAUUUAUGUUAUCUUAAUUUAACACGAAACCCUCAAGAACAGUAUCUUUUUCCGACAUAUGUAUAAGAUAAAAUAUAGAACUGGACAUAUUGUGUGUUAGCUUAUUUAUGACCAGGAAACAACUUUAACCCUUGCCCGGAUAAAAUUUUUGCACACGAUAUAAAGCUGACCCGCAGUCUACAGCAUUCUACUGUAUUUUUCUUGUCCCAAAUUAUCGUAUCCAUUGAUAAUCCAAUUGUGCACGCAACGUAAUGACCCAUUAGCCUCUCACCAAUGCGCUAGCUUUGAGUUCAAGUCCAGGCCGUAUGUGGGAAGGUCUGACAGCAACCUGCCGAUGGUCGCGGGUUUCUGCCCGGUUUCUUCCCACCAUAAUUCUGGCCGCCAUCGUAUAAGUGAAAUAUUCUUGAGUAGGGCGUAAAACAUCAAUCAAAUAAAUAAAUAAAUCCAAUCGUGCAAUGCACCUGUUCACCUUAUGUAUGAAAGUACUCAACAAGAUAUUGGGUAUGAGCUGCAUGAACUACAUGAGCGCAUAUAUAAAUAGUCAUCCAGCAUGAGUUGCUGUGCUGUUGUAAGGUUGAGUAUCAGUAGAAUAAGGUUUUUUGUCUUUUUUUAAGCGCGUCGAAGUCGAUUCUGUUUGUCCGUCCAUUAUCAUCCAACUUGAGUUAACGAUAAAUAAGUGUUAUAAAGUCACAUAUGAGGUGUGUUUUAAGCUUACAUGUAGAGACGCUUUCGGAGAUCUAUACACUCGUUUAUAUCAUCAUAACCGCUUAAGUGCGCUAGCUCGAGAACCCUUGUGCUGAUUUCAAACAUGUAUAACAGCAUAAGAUCUAUGAAUAUCAGAGAAGAGGCACUUUCUUUCGCCAGUGUUCAAACUAUACGGAUGUCAGGGUGACUUUUCAAGUGCGCUGGUGAGAGUUUCAAUCCAAAGAUUUCAAAGGUGUACAGUGGUUUCAGUUUGAUGGAGAGGCGGUAUCAUUUUCUUAAAUUCCGUUGUAUUACUUUGACCAUUUGUUUUUACAUUGGCUACUUUAUGUACAUCCUGUGAAAACUUCAGCCGUUCAUUAAUACUUGUACAAUAGUGAAAGCGUUAAAAGAGCUUUCUGUACUUUGUUAUCCUUCAUGCUUUUGCACCAGACAUUCAUCAGCUUUUUUCACCAUACAUCAUGAUAUGACUCAGUAUUCAAUAUUCAAUUUCGCCAGCUGAACUAAAUGUUUUAACCUUUGUGCGUAUAAUACUGGGAAUGAUAGCUGUUACACCCGUUACAGGGAUUCAGGGUGGCUAACGUUUCAGGUCAGGAUGUUUUAUUUAUUUAUUAAUUUGAUUUGUGUUUUACGCCGUACUCAAGAAUAUUUCACUUAUACGACCGCGGCCAGCAAUAUAGUGGGUGGAAACCGGGUAGAGCCCGGGGGAAACUCAAGACCGUCCACAGGUUACUUCAAGACCUUCCCACGUACGGCCAGGCAGGAAGCCAGCAUGAACUGGACUUGCAUUUACAGCGACCGCAUUGGUGAGAGGCUCCUGGGUCAUCACGCUGCCCUAGCGGGCUAACCAACUGAGCCACGGAGGCCCCGAUCAGGAUGUUAAAUUAAAUACUCCUAGCUGUUUUAAGUGUGCAAACACAGCAUCAAGCUCAGUCAAGAAAUACGUUUUCAUUAGUCUACAAGGCUCUACAUGGUCAAACAGAGCUACGUUACAUAAGGAGCACUAGAAAGCGCGGAAGAGAAGAAUUUAGUCAUAGACCCGUUAGUUGCCUGUUAAACGUUAUAAUUGUCACUAGACAUCCCGAUAGACUAAGACGGUGUAUCCUGGAACUGGACUCCAGGCGUUUCUAAACGCAUUUGAUGGUGAAGUUAUCAGAUAUAGAGAAUGAUUCGCAUGUGAAACAGAGAUCAGCACCGUAGUUGAUCCGUUCGUGCUAGUCAACUUUCAGCUUUCUUUGUCUCUGACGUUUUUUCACACCAUUACAUAUUCCUUUAUUUCUUCAAAUACAUCCUCUAUUUAUUGUUACUUAAAGUGGCAUUUUCUGGCAAUGGCGAGCUUUCGCAAUUUGCAUUAAAAAAUCCGCCCAGGCAUGAAGUCGUGAUUGGGUUGUUGAACAUGUGUAUCAAAUCUUAAUAUAAUCGAAUCAGUGGAUUUGAACACGAUUUUCAAGGUAUUGUAAACAACGCAGCAUGCCCGGUAGGGUACGUAACACAAGCCAUGCACUCAAAAUGUUCAAACAUGUUUGCCCAAACAAUGGCCAAAUAAUGCUUAAAAAUGCUGACAAAUUUAUGUUUUGUGUUCCAUGCUACAAAUUUCAAAAAAAUUGUUUUACAACCUCCAAACAAUCAUUUUAAGGUGUUGGCAGUCAUUUUCCGACAUUUAACAUGUUGUAUCAUUUUAAAGUUUAGAAAAUUUGUGCGUUUUAAGACAGUAACAGAAACCUGACAAAGCUAGAGCUCUUGUGUGUAUAGCCCGCUGAACAGAAUAGCUGUAGGUCCAAAUCGUUAUUGUCCCCCAUGAUAUAUGUAUGUAAGCUUGGGAUUUUCCGUCGUACUUAACAAUUUGUGACGUUCCUCUAUGGUGGCCGUCUAAAAAAGGUGUUGUGUGUGAGCUGGCGAUGUUGUUGAUAGAUAUUUAAAACGUUUUGAUGGUUAUUGUACAAAAACUAUAUUGAAUGUGAUUUUCCAAUUUUAACUGAUUGUUGUUAAUUUUAAUUAGUACAAAACCUGUCUUUCGCCUGUUUGUUCUGAUGUUGGAUGUUAUUCUCAUGUCAAAAGACAGCCGUUUCCAGGUUCUAACAUCUAACUGGCUUUAUCCGCGAUAUGGCUGGAAUACUACCAAAUUAAAACGCCAACCGUUCAGUCAUUCAUUGUAGUCACCCCUGAGCCUCUCGCCAAUGCUGUCGCUGUGAGUUCAGGUUCGGCUCAUGCUGGCUUCCACUCCAGUCGUACGUAAGAAGGCCUUUCGGCAACCCGCGGAUGAUCUUGGGUCCCCCCACCCCCGGCCUUUGUCCGGUUUCCUCCCACCAUAAUCUUUACCGCCGUCGUAUAAGUGAAAUAUUCUUGAGUGCGACAUAAAACACCAAUUAAAUAAAUAAAGUCCGUCAUCAGAACAUGGGGCGAUGUAGUUUAUGCCAAGCAGUGUCACACGACAUGCUGUUUUUCUGUGACCUAUCUGUCUUUUGCUUUACCGUAUACAUGCGCUUCUAUUAAACCUUAUUUACACGCCAAGCAAUGUUCUGUCGUCUAGGAAUAUUUGGGUAAUGCAGUGCCCUUUAUAUCUGCAGGUGUCAGAUUACGCCAUUCAAUGUACGUAGGCCAGUUGGUUUGUUACUUCUCCAUCCUGUGAUCAGCCAAAUUCAGUGUUAUAAAUUUUAAGUCUAUAAGCAGGUAUUAUUCAGCAUCCACCAUAUCUACAUAUAUUUGAUAUGAGACAAGGAGCUAAUAUGCUUAUGCCAUGAUAAGCUUAACCCUGACAUGUACCUCUGACAUAUUAACAAUGGACGACGGUGUUAGAUAGUGCUGUACAAAGUGUAUUGUAACCAGAAUUGAAUUUAUCUGUUAAGACUGUUAACAUCUGAAAUAUUAAACAUGUACGACUCUCAACAUUUCAUUGUGAUUAAAAUACAUCUUGAUACGAAAAUGACCGGGUAUGUUUGUUUUACUUUAUAUUCUUAAGGAUGAGAAAGACUAUAUAACUUAAUAUCAAUGAAGAGACUAUAUAACUUAUAAUAAUAAUGUUAAAUCCAAUAUAUUGUCAGUGCUAUACUAAAGAAGGCAGUUAUAGUGGAAAGUUAACACUUGUUAAAAUGUUAGAACUUUAAUGCUGUAAAAAAUGUUACAAUCUGUAAACAAUCAUUGCGCAACGUAACAUUUCAGGAUAGAGUCACUCAUAUUUUACAGCAUUUGUCAGUCAGAGUGAAUGCGUACACUGCGUAAAGUGAAAGAAAGCUAAAUACGAAGU